AUGCUCCUUGUCGUGACACUACUCGCUCUCUCCUACAAUGUAUUGAGCAUUCUGAAUACUGGAGUACAACUUCGGAUAGAGGAGUUUUUUGAUACUCCCGGACACACCAACAAUUGGGCUGUUCUCGUGUGUACCUCUCGGUUUUGGUUCAACUAUCGCCAUGUUUCCAAUGUAUUAGCUCUUUACCACACCGUCAAACGGUUGGGUAUACCAGAAGGUGAAUCUAUACUGCGUAAUAUCAUCCUGAUGCUAGCCGAAGAUGUUCCUUGCAACCCGAGGAAUCCCCGUCCAGGUGAAUCGACUUUACUCUUUUUUUCUCAUGCCUCAAAACAUUAUAUUCUUCUUAUUCCAGCGAGUGUGGUUUUUUUUGAUGACUGUUUAUAG